AUGUCUUCUUUGGUAUUAACUUAUGACAGCUCGAAGGAAAUAUUUCAAUGCCAUACAUGCAACAAGACGUUCAACCGGAAGGAUGUCUAUCAGCGUCAUGUUCGGGUUGUUCAUGAUCCAAGACAGGCAGGACAGAAGAAAAGAUCAAAGAAAUCAUGCGAACGGUGUAUUAGAUACAAGCUGAAAUGCAACCGUGAUCUACCAUGUGCCUCGUGUCUACGAAAACAUGUUUCUUGCACAUAUGAAACCACUUCGUCUGGAUUGGCCAUUCAGCCACAGCCACAGUCGCUCGCUCUGCCUCAACUGCCUUGGGAUGCUGACAAUGACGAAAGAGAUUCAAUACGACACGACCAGCCUUCGCCAGGUUACGAAUCUACCGGCUCUUAUCUGGAAGGUGAAUUUCCAGAGUCUUCUGGCUCGCUGGCCAGGAUUCGAGACACUGUCAAUACGCCCACUCUACGAAACUAUUCAGCAAACAGUUUGAAGCAGCCGAGACCGGACUUUCUGCAUGCCAAUUUGCCCCAGCAACCAGCGGCUAUGGACCCCCAGGACUAUACCCCGGCUCCGUUUCUGCCAAGGGACUCCCCUUAUUCUGCCUUGCAGAUCAACCAGGAGCUAUUAGGAUCAACAGCAGAUGUAGAAAACUACGAAUGGCUGGAUCAUCUCUCACUCGAUCUCGAAGCAUUCGAUAGCAGUUUCUUUAGAGCAUCUAAGAUGGAUUGGCUGGGGGGCGAAACAGAUGUUUCGCCACCUGUUUCUGGUGAUAUGCAGAUAUUUUGCAACGAUGAGCCUUUCAAUAGAGAUGGUUUAGUCCCUCAACCUAUAUCAAUCGAUCAACCUUUUACCCCAAUAUUGGGAGCUGAACAACCGCAACUCAAUCCUGACAACUCAGACAAGAACGAGCAUGAAUCCUGGCCCGGUAUUCUGGAUCGUGGGGGCAACGAGUCUUGGCCUUUUGAUUAUACAUCAAAUAAGGGCUUCCGAAAAAUACAGCUUCCUCCACUCCGAGAAGUACUUGAACAGACAAUGGGAAAUAUACCAACUACUAAGUCUGGUACAGCCAAGGAUCUCGUCAAGGUACUUUCGAAUCCAUUUAUCCCAUCUUUAAACGAUAGUGCGGGACUGGAGGUGCUUCCGACGAUUACAUUUCUUGGGGAGUUAGUCAAAACCUACUUUGCAGAGUUUCACCCAGCCUUUUCAAUUGUUCAUCUGCCAACUUGGCGUAUUGAAAAAUGCCCAGCUGCAUUGGUGGCCGCCAUGGCAUGCAUAGGAGCGUCGUAUUCAACUGCCGAGGGAACCCAAAGGGUAGCUCCAAUACUGGCGGAAAUCACUCAACGUAGUCUUUUUUGGAUGAUAUACGCGUUGGGGUCUGGGAACCGCCGCUUAUACGAGCUUGCUGACGCGUCAAGGGGACUUCUUGCCACAGGGUUGAGAGAGCUAGGCGUGUUAUCUUCGGAUGCAGCUCAAAGUGACAAUAUUUCAUGUGACUUCCAACAUCUUAAAAGGAUGGAUCCAUCGACACUCGAACGCGCCUGGAAUUGUUGGCGCGAUACUGAGUUUGAAAGGCGUGUUGCAUGGUCGGUCUUUGAGUUUGAUUGCACUAUGUCUACGCUCACUAGCAAAAGAGGAGUUUUCGGCGUCUCGGAACUCCCAAUGAAAGCACCAUGCUCAGAGAACUUAUGGGAGGCUCCUUCAGCAAAUGCAUGGGCUUCGGUAGCCUCCUUCUCCACAAGUCUUCAAAGUGACAUUCCAUUUUAUCCAUUACUCCAGAACAUCAUCGCUCAGAGAGAAAUUCCAAAUACGACACCUACUUGGGCUAAACGAAUAUGCUCAUUGGUAAUCAGUCGUCUUCUUGGUGACCUGCGCGAGAUCGAGGAUAUUUCAUCCUCGAAAGUUUUGGGCCUCUCGUCCCUGGUCGAUGUCCACAAGAAAACCAGAGAAAAUCUUCUGCGUCGCUUGCUCGACGGCGCAUUACGCCUACCUUAG